AUGCCCCUGAUGAGCAGCAAAACGGGUGAACAGGAGCAUUUGACGAAGACAAUCAUAGUUACAGGGUUUACGGAUGAGGCUCAACAUGAAGAGGUCAGAGACAGACUUGAAGAGAUGUUUGAUGUGAAGGAGUGCUAUACGAUCCAAAAUGAUUAUCGGGUGCUUUGUGUUCUGUUUUAUGAUGAGAGGAAGGCCAGAGAAGCGUUUGAGCAUGUGAAAGAACACGAAAGACUGUCAGCAAGCCAUAUCAUAAGCAAAUAUGAGAUUCCAAGGGAGAUAGACAAGUGUGACGAGUCUAAGAAUCAGAGCACGUUAGUUUUUACAUUUAAAAAUUCGAAUGCAUCUGUGGAUGACAAAGAGUUUUCUGAGCAGAUUGAGAAGUUUGGUGAAGUGAAGGAGAUCAGAUAUGUCAAGACUCACCAACGAUGUGUUGAAUUCUAUGACUCGAGGAGUGCUAGUGCAGCAUUUCACGGGAUGAACGAGCUGAGCUUUAUGGAUGGAGUUAUACAGGCAAAGUGGGUGUGGGACCUCUCGACAAAGACAAGAUGGGAGUUGAUUAGGCUAACAGAUAGUAUUUUGAAGGAGUGCAAACUAGAGAUGAAAGCACCACCAAAACGAGAUGUAGAAGAGAUACGGGACGAUGUAAAGAAGAGAAGAGUGCCCGAAGGGCGCCAAAGAAACAUCUUUCUUCAUAGAUUCGACAUGUUUCUACUAUCUCACAUUGACGAGAUUAAUGAGGAGUACAUUAAUAAUUAA